CACGAGCAACCGACGGCCCUAGUGUUCCGGCGUCGGAACAAUGCGAUGGGCGUGACGCGUACGACUGGCUGACGCUAACAUUAAAUCCCUGUCUAUCAAACAAGACCUUCAAUCUUCUCCAGACACAAGCACGACAGGGUCGGCCGACGUGCUGGAGACCCACUUCCUUGCGUGUGUGCAUGACGUCUCUUGGGGCGCGCCGUUGUGCGCGUCUAUCCACGACACGACUUUACUCUUGCAGCUAUUUCCAACGCGGUCUUGGUGGAUCGACUGAAGCGUUCGCGCCGGGCUGGUGUUGGUCACCUCUUUUAUCUCUUAUUCUCGAACGACUGAACAAUAUUCAGCCCUUGUCCCUCAUGCUUCGAAUUCUACAUCUCGACGACACCUCUAUUUCGUAUCUACCAGUUGUCUUUGCUUUAACUCUAACCACGCUCUGGUUCAUCUUUCUACUCCCGCCCCUACAAGACUAUAUUUCUGCUCGGUACAGGCACGCCUUUCCUGAAGGCUUGCCGUUUUAACACAGUCGGCCCUUCGACUUCGGGCCCGAGGACUGUCUCAUUACAGGAUGAUUCUCAAUAAAUUCCACGCUCGCCAGAACAGCACUG